AUAUAUGUCUAUGACAUACGUAAUGGCUUGUCGGAAGUGACACUUCGCGUUUGUACGUUGGGCAGCUCGUCUGAAACUUCUGCGAAGAUGGUGCUUAAAGCGGUCUGUGUUUUGAAAGGAGCUGGCGAGACCAGCGGGACAGUUUAUUUUGAGCAAGAGAGUGAUUCAGCCCCCGUGAAAGUGACAGGAGAAAUCAAAGGCCUCACCCCUGGUGAGCAUGGUUUCCAUGUCCAUGCUUUUGGCGAUAACACAAAUGGGUGCAUUAGUGCAGGCCCACACUUCAAUCCCUACAACAAGAAGCAUGCUGGUCCUAAGGAUGCAGAAAGGUCCCCCUCCUUUGUAAACAGACAUGUUGGAGACCUGGGAAAUGUGACUGCAGGAGCAGAUAAUGUUGCCAAGAUAGACAUCACUGACAGUGUGAUCAAGCUCACAGGUGCCGACUCCAUCAUUGGAAGAACUAUGGUGAUCCAUGAGAAGGCUGAUGACCUGGGUAAAGGAGGAGAUGAAGAGAGCCUGAAGACUGGUAAUGCUGGUGGACGUCUGGCCUGUGGAGUCAUUGGCAUUACCCAGUAACCAACGUACAAGAGCAAGGAGCACUGAAAUCAGUUUUGUUGUUUUUUUUUUUCCCAGAGCACUUAAGACCAAUACAGCCGCUUAAUGUUACAGUUUAUCCUUUUCAGUACUCUGUGACUUUGUUAAUUAACAGUCGAGUAGAUGAGCCAUGCUUUUCCCUGUCUGUUCUUAAUGACAGUUCUACGUAUGGGUUUAUAUGUCUGCAGGUUAGUUUGCCAGGUCCCAAAGAAUCAGUAACGCACAAGUCAUGAGCUGUUGUAUACUUCACAAAGGAAAUAAAUUGUUCAUCUAA